AUGAAAGGCGUACUCCAGCCGGGCAAGGAUUUCAUCAACCGUCUGCCCGACGACGUGCUCUUUGCAAUUCUCGGACGCGCCUUUCCUAGCAAGGUGAUGCGCCACACGCUCGUGUGCCGCCGGUGGCUGCGCCUGGCGCAACACUUGCAGCAGGCCGUCAUCGUCAACUCCGGGCGCAGCCUCCACGCGGGCGAGCUGUUGCGCAGCUUGCCUUGCCGUCCGCCUGCCCGCAACUCUCCUGCCUGCACCUGGACGAGCCGCAGUAUACCAGCGCGGCGCACUUCCGCAUCACGCUGCCCUGCCUUCCUUCUCUGGGUUCCGUGCCUCAAGGAGCUCACACUCGAUUGCAGCCUCGGGUACAUGGCAACGCUACCUUCCUCGCUCUCAUCGCUCUCGUCAAUUUGCGUGCUCAAGCUCAGCAUGUUGCACCUCCGCGUUCUUCCCGAAGAGUUUGGCGCGCUGCGUGCGCUGGAGGAGCUUUACGUCAACUGCCCCAGGCUACAUGGACUUCUUGCGUCCGUCACGCGGCUCACACGGCUGUCCCGCAUCUGCCUAACAGACUAUUGCGCGAUGCGCCAGCUGCCCGCGCAGGUCGGCGUGCUGAGCGCACUAAGGGUGCUGCAAAUACACGGGUGGAACCGUCUGCGGGGCAUUCUGGAGAGCAUCGGCGUGCUCAAGGGGCUGCGCCGCCAAGAUCUGCGCAACAUCCGUUGCACGCUACUCGACGUGGGGGAGGAGUGUCGCAAGCUGGAAGAGUUGCGCAUGGAGAACGUCCACCAGGGAGUAUUCCCGCCCAUCUCCCUCGAGUCCUUCGCGCUCCUCACCAUUCUCCACUGCCGCAGCCUCCGCGCGCUCCCCGACAACAUCGGCACGGCGGCAGCGCUCUGCGAGCUCGAGAUCGUCGACACACUGAUCGUCGAGCUGUCCGCGUCGACUGAGAUGCUGACGUCACUAGAGUGGCUGGUGCUGGCACCGAGCAGAAAAGUGAGAGCGCUGCCGCCCAUGCUGCUGGCGCUGCCGCGAGUGGCGCUUGUGGUGCUGAAGAAUAUGUCGUGCCUUGCUUCGAUGACGGAGCAUGCUGCUACCUCUUCACCCAAUUCUCUCCCCACCCUCGCUGCGAUCGCGCCCUCGUUGCGCGCGCUCACGCUCGCCGACCUCCCCGCGUUCUUCUCCUUGCCCACUACGGUCUGCCGCCUCACCGCGCUCACAUCCCUCUCACUCCUCGGCCUGCGGCACCUCAAGUGCCUCCCCCUCGCGCUCUCCGCCGUCCGCACACUCAAGAUCACCGGCACGCCAAAGCUCGCGGCACUUCCCGAAUCUCUGCUCCAGCUGGCAGCGCUCGAGUCGCUGGCGGUCGACGACUGCCCCACGUUGCGGAGCCUCCCCGCGAUGAUAUGCAGCGAGGCGCCGCGGCGAAGAUUGGCGCCGGGCUCAGCGCGCUGA